AGCUAAUUUUGUUCACGACACACCACACAUGGCCCGACAUUCAAUGGGCCAGCCUGCAAAUUCCGAUUUGUCAAUACAUCUUGCUGAGAUGUCAGUCCACCAUUCUGUCCUUGCCUAAAUAAAAUUAAAAUAACAUUGAUUGAUGUCCAAAUUCUGCGGCUGCCGAGAUGAAGAUUACGGACAGCGUGUUGCGAAGUUUUAGGGUUGCUAGGACAUUCCGGGAGAAUUCGCAGAAAGUCAACUGUGUGGACUACAGCUCGAACGGCGAGAGUGCAAUAUCUAGUAGCGACGACGACUCCAUUGUUUUAUAUGACUGUCAGGAGGGAAAACCAAUACGGACCCUGUACAGUAAGAAGUACGGAGUAGACCUAAUCCGGUAUACACAUGGGGAUGCCAACACAGUGGUCUACAGCUCCAACAAACUAGAUGAUACCAUCCGAUACCUGUCUCUCACUGACAACAAGUACAUUCGCUACUUCCCUGGGCACACUGAUAGGGUUGUUGCUCUCUCCAUGUCACCGGUGGAUGACACAUUUAUCUCUGGUUCCUUGGAUAUGACCAUACGACUCUGGGACCUGCGCUCUCCAAACUGUCAGGGUCUUACUAAUCCUUUGGGGAAGCCUGUUUGCUCCUAUGACCCCGAGGGCCUGAUAUUCGCUGCUGGGGUCGAUUCUGAGGCGAUUAAACUGUACGACCUCCGCUCCUUUGACAAGGGCCCAUUCGCCUCCUUUGAGACUCUGUUCAGCCGUGUCUGUGAGUGGACUGGACUGAAGUUCAGUAGGGACGGGAAGCAGAUUCUCAUCUCUACCAACGGGGGUGCUAUUCGGAUCCUAGAUGCCUUCAAUGGAUCCGUGCUGCACACUUUCUCAGGCUACAACAACAGUAAAGGCAUUUCAUUGGAGGCCUGCUUCACCCCAGACUCAGACUUUGUCAUGAUUGGUUCAGAGGAUGGGAGGGUCCAUGUGUGGAGUACAGAGAGUGGGAUGAAAAUAGCUGUUCUGGACGGGAAGCAUUCAGGACCAAUCAACACACUGCAGUUUAACCCUAAAUACAUGACGUUUGCCAGCGCCUGCUCCAAUAUGGCGUUCUGGCUUCCCUGUGUAGGAGACUGAUAAAGGUGUGGGACCACAGAGACAAACUGUCAUCAUCAUUACCCAGGAUGCCUUUCUCCUUUCAUGUUGCUGAGUAUACAGAGACCGAACACUACUCUAACGGCUCCAUAUGAAAUUGUAGGCACAUUAAGGCAUUGGUGAAAGGGAUUCCACUCACGAUUAACCACGAGGAGAACUGUCACUCUGUAAACUGAUUUAUUUGCCAAAUGGGGAAGGUUACAUGAGGGAAUCACUAGAGCUGUGGGAGACAGUAGUUAUUGUCCACUGUGAUAGGUGCUUGUUGAAAAGUUUUUAUGAGUAGAGAAUACCUGUGGUGUACUACUGACAAACACUUGUUUUUAUAUAUUUCGUUUUUUUCAACUGUGAUUCUGAGCAAGGUGCUACAAUGUAUUAAUUAGCAGACAAUUAUGACCUUUUAACUUUUUAAUACAGUGACAACUCCAAUCAAGUAUGCAUUUUAACUGCGGAGACACGUUUUAUUGGGAAUUCAAUAUUUGUUUUAUUUUGUACUGUUUAUUCAGAAAGUAUUAAAGUGUUUUACGUCUAAUGUA